CAUACUAGUACCUUGCUGUUCCGUUCGGGAGCAUGACGAUACAGACAGCCCUGGCUGGACGCCCCAAUCCUUGCGCAUGCACUUUUUGGCCAGUCGAGUCAGGAUACAAAGGACCGGCGUGCAGGGUACAAACAGAACCGGUACCGCCACGGUCGGACAUCGUCUGGGAUGAUUGAAGAUUCGAUUGAAUCUAUCAAUUCAUUCAAUCUCUCCACCUCUGGUUCUCUGCACGAGACCUCUCUCAUGAUGGAGGGCUCCCUCGCAGCAAAAGAGACAGCUGGUUCCGCCUCCCGACUCAGUCGACUCUAUCAGGAGCAAAAAACGAAAUGGCGCAAUCACUGCUACCGGUACAUGUUUGCCUAUUUGCCUAUUUGCCUAUUAAAGGCGCUGGUUGAUACCAUGGCUGCCACGGCGAGCUGCGAGAUGCUCGCACGUGAUCGCCUACAGACUAAGAAGUCCAGCUGUUAAAGCUGGGAUUGUCUCCAGCUUCUCGAGUCGCUUCCUAUUUUUAGACUACGAGCUACCAGUACUAACAUUUUUUAAAAAGGUCAAGGCUCACACGAAAAUCUCCUCCGAAGCAGUGCCAGAAAUCCACCAAACUUGAAGAAGUUCCGCGUGCAAAGAUACCCAUUGCUGAAGGGCAAGAAAAGAUGCUUGGGAAGGGCGAUGCAUGCGAACUGGUAAAAGCUCUGGUCUUUUCAGAAGGGACUCGGAUCCAGUGUUCUGAAGGAGUACUAGUAAACAUGCUUGUGCUGCCAUCCACACCCGGUAGCCACAUGUCAUGCUGCCGCACAAUUAUUGUACACAGCUCAGGCGGCGAACCGCUGAGGAUCCAGGAGGAGGCUAUCCUGUUUCUGCAUUCAAUUUCCCGCAUUACUGGAUAACGAUGGAUGGCCAUGCUGGGUUUUCCUACAUUGUUUCAAAGUGGAUCCAGCUAGUUGGUCCCGCGGCAAAGAAGGUCGGCUGCAUCAGGGUCCACUAUCGAAACAGAGCUGGGACAAUGAGAAAUGAGGGCAAUAGCUAUCCACACCAUUGCAGCCAAUAGAUAGAUUGAGCGAUGAAACCGUUACGGCGUGCUAAGAUGUGGCAUGGCACAACUUGCCAAUAUCAAAGGCAAGUUUGAUCUCACCUGUGUCCAGAUCAUACAACGGCCAGGAGUCCAGAGAUCGUUUAGACCGCCCUUGAGACCUGGCAUCUCUGAAUUUUUUUCGGCCACAGUCCUGUCGUGGCACGGAUGGCAGACUUGCUUCGCACUCACUUUUGUACGUACCGGUACGGAGCCUUCGGUACCGGUACCACUCGUCGAUUCAAGAUCUACCAUAGAUCUAGUAGCCAGAAAAUCCUGUCAAGAUCUUCGUACAAUGUACUUGCUCUGGCUAGCCACCCAGCGGAUCCUUUGUCAAGCAAGAGAGGCUUGGGAACUCGACUCGGCUGUUGCUCUCCCGUUUGUCUCAUAAAACAAAACAACAAACAAACAAAACACCAACAAACAAACCAAAAAUCGAAAAAGAAACCCAAGUCUCACCACAAUGCUCUUUGCCACCACCAAAAUCGCCAUCUUCCUUGCCCUCUCCAUUUCUGGUUGCUCUGCUGAAGGAAUCAGGGGCACCAACAGAAAGCUCAACCAGCCCAACCCCAACAUACAAUAUGGCAACCCCGCUCUUGGCCCUAGGAUCAACUGUGACAGGGAGCUCACCAUGGAAAUCACUUGCAGGGAUUGUGACUUUGAAACUAACACUGCUAGGUCUGGUGUGACACAGUCAGAGGCCACAUUGGAUGUUCAGGUCAGGACCCUGAGUGACAAGAGCUGGAAGUUGAAACGGACCACCAUGUACACCAACUUUCCUUUCUUUGAGGAUAUGCAGGUGACUGGCACAUCCCGCAAUGCAGCCCCUUCGACUCCAAUCCACAACACAUGGUCUUUGGAGCUUGCCACUCUAAAUGAUCCCAAGCACUUGCUGGCCUUGGCCACUGCCACCUUGGAGGACCAGGAUAGUGGUUUUGAAUGUGUUGUCAGUCAGGUCUUUGACUCUAUGGUUUCUCCUUUCAACACUCUUCUGGAAGCUCCUUCUUCUGCUCCUUCUUCAGCACCCUCAUUAUCCAAUGAUGACAGAAAACUCAACCAGCUCAACCCUGGCGUCCAAUAUGCCAACCCUGCCCUUGGCCCCAGGAUCAACUGCGACCGGGAGCUCGCCAUGGCAAUCACUUGCCAAGACUGUGCCUUUGAAACUAACACAGCUAGGUCUGGUGUGGAACAGUCAGAAGCCACUUUGGAUGUUCAGGUCAGGACCUUGACGGCCAAGAGCUGGCAGUUGAAGAGGACCACAAUAUACACCAACCUUCCCUUCUUUGAGGAUAUGCAGGUGAUGGGAACUUCCCGCAGUGCUGCCCCGUCCACCCCUGUCCUCAACACCUGGUCUGUGGAGCUCAAUACUCUUGACAAUCCCAAGCACUUGCUGGCCUUGGCCACUGCCACCUUGGAGGACCAGGAUAGUGGUUUUGAAUGUGUUGUCAGUCAGGUCUUUGACUCUAUGGUUUCUCCUUUCAACACUCUUCUGGAAGCUCCUUCUUCUGCUCCUUCUUCGGCACCCUCGUCUGACAGUGGUAUGAGGAUGUCCCCUUCGGAUGUGAACCCCUAAAAAGGCAACCACCAGAAAUUGCACCCCUUAGAAAGCGUCCUGGAACUCCACUGUAUGUGAGAUAGGCCACAAUAAAGCGGAUACUAGUACUAAUGCAUUUUACAAUU